AUGACACAAGAAGCCAGUGGUAAAGAAGAGAAUUGGAAACUCAUAAAUUCUGUGCAGGUGCCACCUCUCCGUAAUUUUCGCGAAUUCCUUGGUGACAUGUCGAGAUUUGAAAUUCCACCAUUUCGUGAUUUGGCAAAAUGGAAUAAUCGUAUGCUGAGCAAUUUGUUAUAUUAUCAAACAAAUUAUUUUGCUUUUAUGAUACUUAUCAUAUUGAUUUGUGCAUCAAUACAAUUACGUGACGUUCUUAUUGGAUUGCUUGCUAUCAUAUCUGUGGCUGCUGUACUCAUAUUUUCGCUUUCGUCCAAUCCUAAGAUCGUACAGGCACGUCACGACCACACAUUCAUUACGUUAACUGCUAUGUUGCUGUCAUUUUAUUUUUUUGUUUAUGCUAUAGUUCCAGUGGUGACAGUACUUUUUACAUUCUCACUUCCGCUGUUGUUAGUUUUGGUGCAUGCAUCAACUCGGCUUAGAAGCCUUAAAGUUAAGAUCAAUCAUCAACUGGAAAGAGUGGGUUUGAAACAUACAGCUAUGGCCUAUUUGCUAGAGCGAUCCGGUAUAGAAUUGAAAAUAUGA